UUUAAAAGUGUGUCCCAGCAGCCCUGGUCCAGCCCUCUGCAGGCAUUUGCUCUGGGCUCCAGGACGAACUCCUCGUCAGCUGGUGCGUCUGGGUUGGGACAGUGAAAAUGUUUAGUGUCAUUGGCGACAAAUACACAUACAGGGGAUCCCAGUAGGUAGGCUGGUGCACUGGAGGGGCAGGAGCAAGCCCGACAUAGGUGUGUGCACACACAUAGGAGUAGCUGGCCACAUGUGUGUGUACUUUAAGGAGAGACUUUAGUUUUGGGGUUUUUUUGUUUUUUUUUUUUUGGUUCCUGGGGUAAAUUUUCUGUUGAACAUUUUCCCCUCCUAUUUAGUUUUUUUCUUUUGCAUUUUUAAAAAUUUGAACAUAAAAAGUAUAAACAAUCAAAUCUUUGAAAGGACCGAGGCGUGCAGCGGACAGCAGAUGGAUCCCGCGGCCAGCAGCUGCAUGAGGAGCCUCCAGCCCCCAGCCCCUGUCUGGGGCUGCCUUCGAAACCCCCACUCGGAAGGCAAUGGGGCCUCAGGGCUACCCCACUACCCGCCCACCCCGUUCUCCUUCCACCAGAAACCAGACUUCCCGGCGACAGCGACGGCAGCGUACCCUGACUUCUCAGCCUCCUGCCUGGCAGCCACCCCACACAGCCUGCCCCAGGAGGAGCACAUCUUCACUGAGCAGCACCCCGCUUUCCCACAGUCCCCCAACUGGCACUUCCCUGUCUCAGACGCCCGGCGCAGGCCCAACUCAGGCCCGGCAGGGGGUUCCAAGGAAAUGGGGACCAGCAGCCUGGGCCUGGUGGACACCACAGGAGGCCCAGGCGAGGACUACGGGGUGCUUGGGAGCACUGCCAAUGAGACAGAGAAGAAAUCAUCCAGGCGGAGAAAGGAGAGUUCAGGUCAAAGUGUGGUUCCAGAACCGAAGGAUGAAGUGGAAGCGUGUGAAGGGAGGUCAGCCCGUCUCCCCCAAUGGGCAGGACCCUGAGGAUGGGGACUCCACAGCCUCUCCAAGUUCAGAGUGAGAUUCUGCAUGGAGGAAAAAUGACUAAGGACUGAGCCCCCUACCCAACUACCCCCACCCCAAUCCCACCUUCACCCUCUUCCUUCCCCAGCCAGGGCAGCCUCUCCACAUCUUUCCCUGACUCUUGGAUAUGAAACUGCCCAGCAUUCCUGGGAGUCUUAGGAUUUUCUGGGAAGUUCUGUCCAGCCUCUUAGCAGCCUCUUCCCUAGGGCCUUUGCUCCCACACUCUCAUGGAAUCAGACAGAGAUCCUACCGGGCCGGAUGAAUCUGGAAACAGCUUCAGAGAUACUGCUUCUCAGCGUCUCUUGGCUGCCACCCAUGCCUCCUCCUACCGCCAUUCUCCUAGGUCAGCCAGGCCUCCUCCUGGUCUGGACACCACCUGGCCUGGUGGGAGAGGAGCUUUGGAACCAGCUGGCGACUCGGAAAGUAAAUGCUUCAAAAGGAAGGAAAUGACAGAGACACACGCCCUUGCCCACCUUCCUCUGUAGGCUGCACAUCUGAGGCUUUGGGGCCCCUUAGUUGUCCCGAAACCCCAAGAAAAAUCAGAAUGAGGAGAGUCAAGGACAGCAACUCAGCUGCUGCAAGCCAGAAACACAUCCCUGUCUCCAAAUUUGUUGGCUAAGUGGAGACACUUCUGAGCACUGACUAAAGAAGACAGAAAAAUAGCCCGAUGUAGGUUUCGGUGUCCCCAUAUAGGCCCGUCCACACAGGCUUGACUGGGUGGACAAGAAUGAACCCAUGACAGCACCUGCUGCUUCAAAAUCAAAAUCAAUUUAGGGAUACAGCAGGGGCUGUUGGGCUGUGCUCCAGAGAAAAGGAGCAGCUACUCCUUUUAAAUCCACGAUUUCUGGAUUGAAAACCUCUCCAGAUGCUGAGUUGUUGGGCUGAACAACUAGGGGCUGAAAACAACGUAGAGGCUGGAAAGUGUCCCCUGCAUUCUGGAGGGGAGGGGAGAUAAUAAGGAGGGCUGCUGGGUGAGGGCCUGGAGAUGUGGAACCCUGGAGUGGAAGGUUCUCCAGUGACAGUGUCCUGUGACUGCAAAAGGGGACAAGAAAAUCCCUCUUCCUCCAUGGGAUGGAUUUAAGCUCUUGCUGUGUGUUCUACAAAUGUUGUUAUUGUGGGAGGAAAUGCUAGGUUUUUGUGUGUGGACUGCCCAGACCUCAGCCAGGUCUUCAGGAGAUGACAUUUGAGGACUGAUGGCCAAAGAGCAUGGGGGACUGAAGCCCUGGCUGCCUCAGCGCUCUGUCUCCCAACACCAGCUGGUGUUGCAGAGGGAGGUCAACUGUGAGUUUGGAUCUCUUGUAUGCAGAUGUAAUCAUUCACAUGUAAAAAUAACCCCACCUCCCCACCCCAAAAAGGGCAAGAGCUGUGGAAAAUGAUUGCCAAAUGAGAUGGCUGGUUAGAGCAUGAUUUUUUCUAAAGCAUACUUCAUAUAUUUUCUUAAGAUUACAUCAAGCUAAUUGUGCAAGCUCAAUUCACUUUGUAAGAAAACUCUCGGAGAAAUAAAAUCAAUAAAAAGCAAA